UCUAAAGGAAAAAAAAAAACACAAUAACCAGGAAGCCGAUGUUCCAAAUCUGAAAAGAAAAUGAUGUGAUUCCUGCUCAAUGUCAAAGGACAAGAAAGUGAAUCAACAAUGUGAUGGGUGUCACAAGUUUGUCUGUAAAGAACACGCUAGGUUAAGUGUGUUGUGUAAUGAUUGUUGAUCAUAUGACACGGAGAGCAAGUAGGAGUGUAUUUCUAAUAAAAUUCCAUGGUGGAGGAGCAUCGUAAAUGAACUGAACAAUGGAGUCUGCACCAGGAAAGGCACAUGUGUGCGAUUUGGUUUAUUGAAAAGAAGUCAGACACCCAAGUUCAGAGAAAUUUCAGAAUGUGAAAUGGGAAACCACCACUCUCUCAACCAUCCAUAACAAAAUGGCACAUGAACUUUAUGGAAAUGGAAGUACGGAUUUGAAACACAAUGUAGGCGGGCCAAGGAGAAGUCACAAAGAUAUGACAAGAAUUCAGCUGGUUUUCCAGCAUUCUCCACAGAAGUCUGUCUGUAAGGCAUCAAAAGAAUUGUGAAUCCCUUGUAUGACAGAGCACUGGGUGCUCUGAAAGUGUCUUCAUCUGUUUCCAUACAAACUGCUUUUCAAGUAGUAAAGGGUACAGCACUCAGUCGCAAUGAUGUGUAUUGUAUAUCUAGAUUUCAGUCACUAUGUGGCCAUCUUCAUUGCUAACAAAAGGGUGAAGAAUGAGUUACAAUUAGAUAAUGUGUGUGCCUUAUUAAAUGUACAGUUGCAUAAGCUUUAAAUGUAAGUCAGUCAUAAAAUAUGUACCAGUAAAUGUAAGUUAAAAUAUUGAAAACAGAGGUUGAGUUCACACUGAAGCUGCUGUUUACAAUUACAAAACUGCUUUUUUCAAUGUACAUGGUAUGAUUGUGGAUGAUUGCUGUCCCUAUUUUCCUCUUCUGACAAAAUAUCCAAUCUGGCGUUUCACCAUCAUUAGCCAUCUCCGAGGUGUCUAUCUCCUCCUUAAUAUUUAAACAAUGACAAAUAUGGCAAUCAGCAUGAACAACCAAUAGGUGUGACAUUAUAGGCCAAUUGACACUAAAAAUCAUGGCACCAUCAAGUCAUGGCACCACCAUGUCAAGGUGUAUUCGCACUGUCCAUCAUGUCGUGUCAUGUCCUAUCAAGUUCAUUCAAGUCACUUGAUCUCAACUCGCAUUAUUGUCCUCAACUUUUUUUGCAAGACCUGAAAUCUUUGCAACAUGAUUUUCAACUGUUUUAAGAGCAAAGUGCAUAUACAUAGUGCGGCAGGGUAUAUACAUGGAUGCUGGAGUGCACAUUUGUCCAAAAAUGCCAUUUAUUGGGCUCAAAUGGUUUGCAGGUUGUAGAGCUAGCUUGUAUAUUACAAAGGGAAGACAGAAGUGCAAAAUAACACAAAGAAGAGUGUGGGUCCAAAAAAUGUGGUACAUAAGGGGAAUUUCACACGCUGUACAAGGAACCUGAGGAAGAGGAAUGUGUAUUUUAUAUUUUAGAAACUUGAAGCAUAGGUUUUUUUUCAUUUUUAUGUCGAAUUGCACCCAGAAUUAUUAAAAGGAUCACAUCUUGUAAAAAAUAGGUUUGUUAAAGUUAAUUUUAAUUGGUAGCCCAUUGCAAAUUUUUGUGCAAUAGCCAUAUCUCUCUCAGUACCUUUCCUUCAAGAUUCAUUGAUUUUCUUUGCAUCUUGUAUUUGGCCUGUAAUAAUACCAGUGCCUUACUUGUACUGGGUUUAGCUAGUGAAGCCACGUCAAUAUUGACCACUGAUGCUUGCAAAACUGUUUCACACACAAUCCAGAGAGCUACUUAACAGUAAUAGCAGAAUUAUAGCAAAAAUUAAAUGCAAGUUGUAGCCAUAUGGUAAUCUAUUUCAUUGUAAAAUGUUCAAUGUGGUACCAGUAUGUAUAAACAUUCACUUCAUGUAGUAGAGAUGUAGUAGAGAUCAAGUAAUGUAGUAUGCUCAUGUCAUACAAUUCAGAAUGCUACCUAACUGCUUCAAUUAACCUUUCAUCAUUUCUUAUAAAUUUUAACAAAAGAAAUAACAAAAGGAAACUAUUUUAACAAAUAACAUACAACUGAUAUCAACUAUGAAAAUCACAAUGAAAUGAAAUAUGGACAUCUGCAUAUGGCCAUGUAUCAGAAGGGAAUGAGCCUGGGGGUCAUAUGAUCAACAACAAUGGAUGAUGUCAACCGUCAAAACUCUCUUCCCGAGAAACCUUAGCAGUGGCAUGACAUGGUGUGAUGGAACAGGACAGCCAAUGUGGAUGCUGUCACUGGAAAUGCAUUGCACAAUGUUUCGACGGGAUGGGAAUUUGUCAUGACGUGAUGCGACAUGACUGCCAGUGUCUAUUGGCCUUAAAGCCUCAUCACCUAUAACCAUUUCAUUAGACAAACAUUGAUGGAGAUGGCAUGGCCUUCAACUAUGCAUUUCAAUACAUAUGAAAACUGGCACUGCCUAACCUCAUAAGCCACUCAUGACAAUUGCACAUAGAGGCAUUGUCAUUUGUUUCUUGUGAAAUGGCUGUAGGGUAUGAGGCUUUUAUGUCAUGCCUAUUGGUUGUUCAUGCUGACUGCCAUUUUUGUCAUUGAUUAAAUAAUGAGGAGGAUAUGGACACCUCACAGGCAGCUAAUGUUGACAAAAUGGUGCCAUGAGAUAUUUUGUCAAAAGAGGAAGAUAGGAAUGAUGUGUUAUCACUGGAAGUGAAGGAGUCACCAUAGACUAUGAGCUAUAGCUAUUCAUCAUGAUAAAAUGUGUAAAUGGAGAAUGCAGUUGAUAGAGUUGUUCAACAGUGAACUUAAUUACAGAGGUGUCACCAAGUACAAAGAGCGCAUUAUAGCCAGAAACUUUGAUUCAUAUGCGAAGCAAAUGACAGUUUUCUGGCACUGUGAUAUAAAAGAUGAGACAAUGUUUCUCAAAAAUAAACAAACUAAUGCACUAAUUGGUAAAGUAGUUACAUAUGAAUACAGAAUUAAUGUGAAGAUUGAAGGAGAUACUAAUGAUAAUCAGGUAUCAAAGAAGGUGUUUGAAGAAAGUUGGGGUGUGGAGCAGGUGUGCAUAUGCAUUUCUAAUAAACUUGGCAAAUUUAGUUUGUAAGGAUUUGAUUUGGCAGGUGUGCCUUGGCGCUGGUGUACUGGAAAGAAUGCAUAUUAGUUGACACAAGCAGUAAAUGGGAGAAGUCAAUUUCAGUUGAUGCUGUUGAAGAAUGGCCUGGUUUUGCGGAAGCAAGCAAAGCUAAAAGUACUGUAUUUUCUGAUAAUCCCUUUUAUAUUGGUGUUCUUGUCAGUUCUAGUGAAGCUAAAGAUAAUGAUAAUAUUCAAACUGUGAUGAAAUGUUUCAUAUAUGGUAAAGAAUGUUGUUUAUCUAACAUUUUGUAAA